CAAGCUCCCCCUUCGCUUCCACCAUACUCUGAACGAUUUCAUCGGAUGGGAUCGCCCAUGGAUGACAUUCACGCACCGACGGUGGGCUCUGGUCCAACAUCCAAUGGCUACUCAAAUGGUGUCUCGAAAGAGCAUCUGUCAUUGCAGGAGCUCAUUGCAGAGAAGGAUCGCGUUGAGACGGAGCUCAAAGCCUUGGGGCAGGUCUUGGAUUCUCAUGGAGUCAACAUGAAUACCGGCCUGACAACCUUCGACGGCUUCCCGCGCGCCGACAUUGACGUUCCCCAGAUCCGGACAACGCGAGCACGUAUAAUACGGUUGAAAAAUGACUACAAGGAGCUCAUGGCCCAUAUUGAAAAGGGCUUGCACGAGCACUACGCUCGACAGCAGGAGAACAACGCAGCACCGACCCAGCCUACCGCAACACCUAAUGGGGCAUCGCCGGCCCUUGAGGCUCCGUUCGCAAAAGUCAACAGUGUUGUGGCCGGUAGUCCAGCUGGGUCUGCCGGAUUGCGUGUGGGCGACACAAUCACCAAAUUUGGCUGGGUGGAUUGGACAAAUCAUGAUAAGCUGGCGCGACUCACGCAGGUGGUGUCGCAAAAUGAAGGGCUGCCCAUCACGAUCAAGGUAUUGCGUCCUAGCGACAGCGGCGGCCCAGCAGAGGCUGUGGAAACCCAGCUCACGCCCCAACGCAAUUGGGGUGGCCGAGGCAUGUUAGGGUGCCAUUUACUUCCAUUGUAA